UCCGCUCACUACCUCCAGUCGCGGUUGGCGGGCGUGCGGUUGCCAGGAGAGACGCGCGUGCAGUACAGUGUGCAGCUUUAACGGCAGAGCGGCACGGGCUCUCCCCCGCCAUUUCCUCGUGCCGAGCCCUGGAAUGUCGAGUAGCGGCUCGGGCUCUUCCUCGCGGAAGGAGUUUGAUGUGAAGCAGAUCCUGAGGAUCCGAUGGAGGUGGUUCGGUCACCCCGCGGUCCCUCCGCCCCACUCUCCGCCGUUGGGAGACUACUUUGCCGGGAGGAGAACGGGCGGCAGCUCCGGGGACGGUCCUUCAGUUAGCGGCUGUAGCAACCCGACUUCAGCCAGUGUGAACCCCAGCGCGGGGAGUCACGGUGGGCUGGUGGCCAGCGGCAGCGCUGGGUCUAACCUGUGUAACGGUAGCGGUAGAAAGUUUGCUGAUCCGGCGGGGAGCCGGGGCGGUCCGGGGGGAGCGGCUGUCGGAGCAACGGGGAGCUCUUGCCCUCGCUCCUUCAGUCAGCCAGAGUGCAGGAGCUCCGCCGCGGCGUUGUCGUGGGUCUCGCCGCCGCCUCAUCGUCGCUCCCGGCCGGUGACGAGCAUGGAGACCCCCGGCGAGGCUCCGGUGCUCCAGCUGGUACCCGAGCCCGCUGCUCAUGUCGGGGUCGAGGAGGAGGAGGCGGCGGCUCCGGCAGCCUCUGGCACCGAGGAGAACAACCACCCAGAAACAGACUCCAGCUCCUGCAGGACGUCAAACAGCAGCGCCACACUGUCCUCAUGCGUGUCGAUGGAGCCGUGUGCGUGUGCAGAGGAGUGUAUGUUCACCGCUUUAUCCCACGCCGACGUCACCUUCGGUAAGAUGGAGGGCUACCUGAGGUCCAGACAGCUGUGUGAUGUCAUACUGGUGGCCGGAGACAGGCGGAUACCUGCGCACAGACUGGUCCUCUCAUCUGUGUCGGACUACUUUGCAGCCAUGUUCACCAGUGAUGUUCGGGAGGCCAAGCAGGACGAGGUGAAGAUGGAAGGAGUGGACCCUGAUGCACUGUGGGUCCUAGUGCAGUAUGCAUAUACAGGCCGUCUGGAGUUGAGGGAGGACACCAUCGAGUCUCUGCUGUCAGCCUCCUGCCUGCUACAGUUGUCAUCUGUGGUUCAGGCCUGCUGUGCAUUUCUCAUGAAGCAGCUCCACCCCUCCAACUGUCUGGGUAUCCGUUCCUACGCUGACGCUCAGGGCUGCCAUGACCUGCAGAGGGCCGCUCACGCCUACACCAUGGAGCACUUUUUAGAGGUGGUGGGAGGCCAGGAGUUCCUGUUGCUCCCAGUCGAGGAGAUGGAGAGGCUGCUCACAUCUGAUGACGUCAACGUGCCAGACGAGGAAACCGUGGUAACCUCUCUGCUAACGUGGGUCAGUCAUGAUGUCGCCACUCGAGAACGUCACCUACCAUCGCUGCUGGCUCACAUUCGACUGCCACUGCUGCAACCGCAGUUCUUGGCAGACCUGGAGUCCAACCCUCUCCUCCGGGACAGCAUGGAGUGCCAGCGGCUGCUGAUGGAGGGGAUGAAGUAUCACCUCUUGCCUCAGCGCCGGCCCCUGCUUCAGAGUCCCCGCACCCGACCCCGCAAGGCCACCGUUGGGGCCAUGUUCGCCGUAGGGGGCAUGGACGCUACGAAAGGUGCUACUAGCAUCGAGCAAUACUGUCUGCGUCGGGACACGUGGAGGCAGGUAGCCACCAUGAGUGGACGGAGACUGCAGUUCGGUGUAGCUGUCCUUGACGAUCGUCUGUAUGUGGUGGGUGGCCGAGAUGGACUCAAGACACUGAACACUGUUGAGUGUUACAACCCGCACAGCAAGACCUGGAGCGUCAUGCCCCCAAUGUCCACACACAGGCACGGCUUAGGUGUAGCCGUCCUGGAGGGGCCCAUGUACGCAGUAGGAGGACAUGAUGGCUGGAGCUACCUCAGCACAGUGGAAAGGUGGGACCCCCAAGCUCGCCAGUGGAGCUUUGUUGCCAGUAUGGCCACACCCAGAAGCACAGUGGGAGUAGCUGUACUCAAUGGCAAGUUGUAUGCAGUAGGAGGUCGUGACGGCUCAUCCUGCCUGCGCUCAGUGGAGUGUUUUGACCCCCACACCAACAGGUGGAACGGUUGUGCUCCUAUGGCUAAAAGGCGUGGAGGUGUGGGUGUGGCCACAUGGCAUGGCUUCCUGUACGCCAUCGGAGGUCAUGACGCUCCGGCCUCGUCCCUCGCAUCUCGUCUAAGUGACUGUGUGGAGAGGUAUGACCCUCAGACAGAUGUGUGGACGACAGUCGCCCCCAUGAGCAUCAGCAGAGAUGCCGUUGGUGUUUGUCUCCUUGGCGACCGUCUCUAUGCUGUGGGCGGUUAUGACGGGCAGGUGUAUCUCAAUACUGUAGAAGCUUAUGACCCUCAGACAAACGAGUGGACACAGGUAGCACCUCUGUGUGUGGGCAGGGCAGGAGCAUGUGUGGUUGCUGUCAGACUGUAGCGAACUAUGAAUGGCUCAGAGACAAUCCUCUUUGUCAUCGCUGACGUGGUCACUAAAGUUACAGCAAGAAACCCAUCUGCCUGCCAGCAUAUGACCAACACUGGGACAUGAGAAACUGAUUACUGAACUGAACACACAUCAGGUUUUAUACUUCUGCACAGUCAGAUUGUACUCUUCUUAACGACUGCCUAUAAUUCAUUUUAAUGUUUAGGGGUUUCGGUUAGUGGUUAAAUCAUGUGUCAGGUUUCUGAUAAAGUUUUCAUAUUUGGACAUCCUGACAACUUCUGCCAUCGAAGUGAACAGCCACCGACAUCAUUGAUGAGGAGGACUCUGCAGUGUUUAUCUGAGCAUGACACAACAGCUGUCUCACAGGUUUUUUUUCUUGCCUAUUAUUUUGUUCCUGUAGACAAGGUGGCACACGCGCACACACACACACGUGCACACACACACACACACAAACCUGCAUGUCUGCUUUCAGCUUCUAUUUCUGCCGACAGAAAGGUGAGAGACACAGAGAGAUUGUCAAGACUGUUGAAAUGCCUCAUCAUUUUACGCUCUUGCUUUUCCUAACAAUAUCUGAUAUGUGUAUUGAUGCUAUUUUAAUAUAUUCCCUAUUAUUUUAUGCUGCUGUUGGCAAGUGCUCUCCUCCUCUUUCUUUCUCUUUCUUGCCCGCUGACAGAUGAAAGACAGACUUUUGACAUAAUCAGCACAACCUUAUGAACAGCCAUACUGUAAGAAACUGUGAUGCUCUUUUUAUUCUUUUCAGCCAAAAACAUAUCACACACUUUAUCUAAUAUUUCUGUGCGUAUGUCUUCCAUGUUGCAUCAGCUGAAGCAUACAGUACACUGUGAUAUUCAAGCAGCUACACUGUCAGACUCCAACUUUUUUACUUUUUCUUUUGUUUUUUAACUUUCUAAUCCUGCCAUUGUUCACAUAAUUGAGGUCCAUAAAGCACUGUAAUUUGUUAUUGGGUUUAUAGCCUGAGUGGUAAUAAGAGCAACUGUGGCCCUUUGUUGAGCCCUGUAGGGAAAUUUUAUUUUCAAUUUCCCACAGAGCACAGGGUCAGCUAUUUACAGGCUUGGUUUUAUACAGGGUCACUUGAGCCUUUCUGUCCUACCUUCUGUUUCUUCACAAUAGAUGUUUCCUCAGUGUGUGUGUGUCUGUGUGUGCGCGCGCGUACAUAUGUGUUCGGGUGUUCAGAGAUUGCAGGGAGUAUAUUUUUAUCUCAAAUGAGAAUCUUCCCGCUUCCCCUCUCCACAUCUUCAAUUCCCUGCUGCUUUCUCUUCAUCCCCAUUUUCCCAUUUCAUCACCACACACACACACACACACACACACACACACACACACACACACACACACACACACACACACACACACACACACACACAAAUACAUGCACCACUACGUUUUAGAGCAGAAUUGGAAACCAAGGCAAAAUGAACAACAGACCAUAUAAUGAGACCAUGAAUUUAAUAACGUUGAUUCAGCCGGUGCAACGUUUUGUUUGAUGUCGAGUUCAAAGCAUUAUUAGAUUUGAUGCUGCUGCAGACAAAGUAUCAGACAUGAGGGGGAAAAUGAAUCCAGUGAAACGACCUCAUGUGAUCAUAUCUGUGGGCUGGUUUCAGUAAACUUAAAUGUCAAGAAACCUCAAGAAUACAAAGAUGCUGACUGUAGGUUCAAUACUGAUACGUGCCACAAUCAUUUUAUGCUGUCUACUUAAUUGUGUAUUUCCUCUAUGUGGCUCAAUCUGUGUGUGUGUGUGUGUGUGUGUGUGUGUGUGUGUGUGUGUGUGUGUGUGUGUGUGUGUGUGUGUGUGUGUGUGUGUGUGUGUGUGUGUGUGUGUGUGUGUGUGUGUGUGUGUGUGUGUGUGUGUGUGUGUGUGUGUGUGUGUGUGUGUGUGUGUGUGUCUGUCUAGUGCACAGAAACUCCUGACAGUGUGAGAGGAAAAGCAGGCAUCCUGUCUGAACUGACAGAUCUAGAGCUAAUGUAGCCCCCAGGAUGCACUUCAUAAACGCACAUGGACACAUCAUACACACACACACACACACACACACACACUCUUAACCACACAGCUGAAAGCCAAGUGCCCCAGGAGCCAGUGAAGAUUGAAAAGCCUCCCAUAUUUGCCGGCAUGACAUCUAAAAAGCAGAGACGGGCAGGCUGGCGAUUCCCCACAGCUGAGCUGAUGUUUAUUCAAGCCUAAUGCACUGCUGCAUUAUUCUAUUUUCUUCCCCUUCAAACCUGCCUGCUGUUUAUUUAGAGAGUAAUUCUCUUUAGAUCAGAGCAGAAGAAGUGUGCCACCUCCACUGUGUAGAUGUAGUCAGAGAGUUUGGUUUCAGUCAGAGGUUAAAAAUAAAGACCGACAUUCCAAAUCAAUCUAUAUAUUCAGUGUAUAUUAUGUACAUAAAUAAAUAUAAAAUCUGUAUGUAGUCUUAUUGUAUUAUGCUGUAUAUUAUACACUGCACAAAUAUGCUAUGUGUUAUUGUGUGUGUGUGUGUGUGUGUGUUUUUUUUUGUACCAUGAAGUGAGCUGAAGAAGUAAUGAUGGUUGGAGAGAAAUGGUACAGCUGCUCAUCUCCUCUUUUUGUACCAGAAUAUGACAACACCUCUUUUACAAUAUAAAUUAUGUAUGUACAAUAUAUAAGCUGCUGUAAUAUGCUGGUAUUGGUCUUUUAUACAUUAAAGUGAAGAUGUGAUUUAA